GGGCAGGGAGGAGGGGCGGGCCCGGCGCGGCUGCCCGGCCGGCUGCUGGAGGCCCCGGGCCGGGCCCGCGCCGCGAUGGCCUUGGUGACCCUGCAGCGCUCUCCCACGCCCAGCGCCGCAUCGUCCUCCGCCAGCAACAGCGAGCUGGAGGCUGGCAGCGAUGAGGAGCGGAAGUUGAACCUCAGCUUGAGCGAGAGUUUUUUCAUGGUGAAAGGAGCAGCCCUCUUCCUACAGCAGGGGAACAGCCCUCAGGGCCAGCGCAGCCUUCAGCACCCUCACAAGCAUGCAGGUGACCUGCCCCAGCACCUCCAAGUAAUGAUCAACCUUCUGCGCUGUGAAGACAGAAUCAAGCUGGCUGUACGCCUAGAGAGCGUCUGGACCGACCGCGUCCGCUACAUGGUCGUGGUAUACACCAGCGGGCGCCAGGACACCGAGGAGAACAUUUUGCUGGGAGUUGACUUUUCCAGUAAGGAGAGCAAAAGCUGCACCAUCGGGAUGGUCCUUCGGCUGUGGAGCGACACCAAGAUCCACCUUGACGGGGAUGGCGGCUUCAGUGUGAGCACAGCAGGCAGAAUGCACAUCUUCAAGCCCGUGUCUGUGCAGGCCAUGUGGUCUGCCCUGCAAGUGCUUCACAAGGCCUGUGAGGUGGCCCGGAGGCAUAACUACUUUCCUGGGGGCGUGGCGCUCAUCUGGGCCACCUACUAUGAGAGCUGCAUCGGCUCUGAGCAGAGCUGCAUUAAUGAGUGGAACGCCAUGCAGGACCUGGAGUCCACGAGGCCGGACUCCCCAGCGCUGUUUGUGGACAAGCCAACCGAGGGGGAGAGAACCGAGCGUCUCAUUAAAGCCAAGCUCCGCAGCAUCAUGAUGAGCCAGGACCUCGAAAAUGUGACUUCUAAGGAAAUCCGCAACGAGCUAGAGAAGCAAAUGAACUGCAAUCUGAAAGAAUUCAAGGAGUUCAUCGAUAACGAGAUGUUGCUCAUCUUGGGACAGAUGGACAAGCCCUCCCUUAUCUUCGACCAUCUUUAUCUUGGCUCCGAGUGGAAUGCAUCCAAUCUGGAGGAACUGCAGGGCUCAGGGGUUGACUACAUUUUAAAUGUCACUAGAGAAAUAGACAAUUUCUUCCCUGGCCUGUUUGCGUAUCACAACAUCCGAGUCUAUGAUGAAGAGACCACAGACCUUCUUGCCCACUGGAACGAAGCGUACCAUUUUAUAAACAAAGCGAAAAGGAAUCAUUCCAAGUGCCUGGUCCAUUGCAAAAUGGGAGUCAGCCGCUCAGCAUCCACCGUCAUAGCCUACGCGAUGAAGGAAUUUGGCUGGCCGCUGGAGAAGGCGUACAACUAUGUGAAGCAGAAACGCAGCAUCACACGGCCCAAUGCCGGCUUUAUGAGGCAGCUGUCCGAGUACGAAGGCAUCCUGGAUGCAAGCAAGCAGCGACACAACAAACUGUGGCAACGGCAGCCUACAGAUGGCACUGUAGCAGAGCCCAGCGAGUUCUUGCCAGAGACCCUGGAUGACGCCCUGGACACCCAGCUGCAGCGUUUGCACGACACCACCGCCCAGCCCGGGCUCCCAGGAAGCCAGGCCCCCACAGGAGGACCCUCUCUCCCCUGUUGUUUCCGAAGACUCUCGGACCCCCUCCUCCCCCGCCGUGAUGUCGCAGGCGGCCUGGUCCACUUGGAGGAUCUUGAGCGGGAUGCCCUGUUGGAGGACGCAGCUCAGCCUGUGGAGGCGCACAAGCUGGUCCAGCAUCCUCAGGAAGGAGCCAGGCUCUGUGAAAGGGACAUAAAGAGGAAACUAGACUUCGGGAGCCCCAAAGCCCGGGGUGGCUCCUUGCCACAGGUGGACGAGAUGGAGAAGGGGGGUGGCCAGAGAGUAGGGAGGUGGAGGCGGGCCUCCACCCAGCUCGACAGAAGUUUGCUUGACCAGGAGAACCUAAAUAAUAACAACAGCAAGAGGAGCUGCCCCGACGACUUUGAGGGCGAUGCUGUGUUUGGAAUCCUCAGCAAAGUGAAGCCUUCCUACACAUCCUGCGCUGACUGCAUGUACCCUGCAGCUGGCGGGGCUCCUGAGGCCUUCGCGGAAUGGCACGGAGACCCCAGCGUCCCUGCCAUCUGCACCCAGCCAGCCUUCCUGCCCCAUGGCACCUCUUCCCCAAUGGCCCACACGACGAGCAGCAGCAGGUCCCGAGCUCCAGAGAGGCUGGCCUCUGGUGCAGCCAACAACCCCCCAUCCCUGCUACCAGCAGGCUCAAGGAAACCAGACAUCGGUGGCUCUGGAGCUGGGGCUCACCCAGAACCGCCAGCAGCAGGCCUUCUAGAUCCUUCCAGAGAAACCUCAAAAGCCCCUCCAAAGUCCCUCCUGUUGAAGAAUUCCCACUGUGAUAAGAACGCCGCCGACACGGAAGAGGCGAGGGAAGAAUCGUCGGCCAAGAGAGAGCCGAAACCGGCUAAAGACCUGAGGCUUCUGUUCAGUAAUGAGGCCGAGAAGCCGGCCACCAGCAGCUACCUGAUGCAGCAUCAGGAAUCCAUCAUUCAGCUGCAGAAGGCAGGCCUGGUCCGAAAGCACACCAAAGAGCUGGAGAGGUUGAAGAGCCUGCCUUCGGAACCGCUGCCUACCUGCAGGGACAGCGCCACCAGCAGGCUGGAGGCUAGCAUCCCCGAGGAGGGCCAGGAGCCCGAACACUCAGCCCUGUGCAACCAAGCAGGGACAGAAGAGAAACCUCCAGAAGGAGCCUUAGUGAAGAGCCCUACCCCUACCCUCCUCCGCCUGGAUCACACCAGUAACUUCUCGAAAGACUUCCUGAAGACCGUGUGCUACACCCCCACCUCCUCUUCCAUGAGUUCCAACCUGACCCGGAGCUCCAGCAGCGACAGCAUCCACAGCGUCCGAGGGAAGCCGGGGCUGGUGAAGCAGCGAGCCCAGGAGAUCGAGACUCGGCUCCGGCUGGCGGGCCUCACCGUAUCGUCCCCGCUGAAGCGUUCCCACUCCCUCGCCAAACUGGGAAGUCUCAACCUAUCCACCGAGGACCUCUCCAGCGAGGCCGACGCGUCCGCGUCCACCAUCGCCGACUCGCAGGAUGCCAAGUGUGGUCACUCUUCCUUCCUGCAUGAACCCCAGGCCACCCUGAGGGACCCCAUUGCAGCCUGUAAACACUCAGGGACAUUGGUCCCAGAAAACUUGAAAACCCUAUCGAGGCUGAGUAAAAGCUGACCAGCGUUCUGCCGUGUGCUGGAGGUAUUCGCGGUGUCUUGAUUCAUCUACCACCACUCACCGUGGUCAUGCAGUUUCCCUACUCUUGCCGAAGAGAAGGGGGACAGAAACUCAAGUAACCCUUAGUACAUGAAGGAGACCAGGACCUGGUUAGCCUGGAAACUGUCAGCCAGGAGAUGGACAGCUCCGAUCCCCAAGCCCUGUCUUUGGGAAGAUACAGACACACAGGCUGGAGCUGUGACUCGGUUGUUAGAGUCUUGCCGGCCACGCACCACGGCCCUAGGUUCGAUCCCCAGCACCGCCUAAAACCAGGCAGGCAGCACACUCCUGUAACCCCAGCACGGGAGGUGGAGGCUGGAGGAUUAGAAUUUCAGUCCCUCUCAGCUGCAUAGUGAGUUUUAGGCCAGCCUGGUGGAGAGAAAAUAAGACUGUAUAUACAAAAUGUUUUAUGUGUGACCUGUAAGAGAGGAGCUGUGGUGAUGUAGUUGGUGAUGUCCUUUGCUGCAGCCCACAUUCCCAGCUCACUCCCGUCCUCAAGGGAGAACUCUCAGACGGCAACACAAGUCCUACCUCGUUCUCACUGUGCAUUUUGUUUUUAAAAUAGUAAUGACCAGGGCUCGUUCUGAGGAACAAUGCUGUGUCUGAAAGGGUUUUUUCCAAGGGAAUCGUGGGGGAUUUUUGUUUUUUUUUUUUUUUUUUUAUUGAGGGUGGGGAACCCCAGAAGUGUCAAGACUUUGAACCUGCCCAUCCUGAGUACAGCUAGAUGAAGUCAUCAGCGGGAAGCACUGAGUGACAGUCGUCUGUAACCCUCCAUCCGGGUCCGUACCUGUGGUGGGGUCCUCAGCUGCUAGCUUCAAGCUUCCAUCCCCCAGUCACAUACAGGGAAGGACCCUGGGCAUCGCUGAGCCACGCCUGCUGCUAACGAGGCAUUGUUAUGUUUGGGAUUGGGAGGAGCUCGUGUCUAUGAGGUUGUGGGUUUGGGGUAUGGGUCAUCCUGCUGAGAAACUCUGACCACCCCUCCCCCAGGCUCAUUAGGUACCAGCUCCACGGUCCGGUCCAGUCCGUGAGAGGAAGGGCGUGUCAGCAAUGGGCUACUUCCUUGUGGGUGGGUCCCCCUCCUGGAGCCACAGUUAGAGGGGUGAGUGUGCUGGAAAAGUUCCACGGCUGUCUGAAUGCACAUGUCCCUUCCCGCGGGGAGAAUACCACUUCCUUGUCUCCAGCUAUCUCUCCCAUGCAGCAGUCAUGAGGCAAAGCCGGUGGGCCACAACACAGGCUUAGUGAAGGUUAGCUCAGUGUGCCCUGGGCUCUGGGUUCGAAUCCGGGCAUCUGAAACCGAAGAAUGGCAGCAGGAAGGGCCUGAUUUGGGUUUGGCAGACCCCCUGUGAGAUGAGCGUGGCUUCCACUCUGACUCAUUUGGUUUUGGCUGUGGAGAUGCUUUGUUGGGGGGUUGAGUUUCUUUUUGUUGUUGUUCCUUUUUAGUUUUUCAAGACAGUGUUUCUCUGUGUCGCCCUGGCUGUUCUGGAACUUGAUCUGUAGACCAGGCUGGCCUUGAACUCAGAGAUUCACCUACCUCUGCCUCCCAGGAGUACUCCUCUUGGGAUUAAAGGCAUGUGCCACCACUGCUUUGGGAUCUCUCUCUCUCUGUCUGUCUGUCUGUCUGUCCGUCCUUUCCCCCCACCCCUUCAUUUGAGACAAAGUCUUACGAUGUAGCUGUCCUGGAACUCAGUUUGCUAUGUAGACAGAGUAAGCCUCAAAUUGAACAAGGUCCCUCUGCCUCUCAAGUUGUCCUUUCUUCUUUUUGAGGUAGAAUCUCACUGUGUAGCCCAAGCUGACCUCAGACUCACAGCAAUCCUCCUGCCUCGGCCUCCCAAAAGCUGAGGUUUCUGGCAUAAUCCCGUCAUGCCCCAGGCUUGGUUUUUACAUUUUUAGGGGCUUGUCAAGAGACAGGUAAAGUAGAUGACAUUGGCACAGGUUGGCACGGGCCUGUGACAUGCAUCAGGAGACAGGGGCAGGCCCAUCAGGAGUUAAAGGCCAACCUGGACCACAGAGUGAGAUUCUACCUCAAAAACAGUAACCCUGACAGGGAUUUCUCAGCUCGGGCCUCUGCCGUCAGGCUCUCCAUAGAAAGCUUGCUGACUGACAGAUGCCUCGGGGCUGUGUGUGCCACUGCAGGAGGACACGGAAUGUUUUGAAGGCCUGUCACAGGAUGUCACAGACCAAACACGUCCUCCUGGUGCCCCAAACUGUGCCAGCCUUCCUUUUUCCCUUGUGCAGAAGGAGUCCUUGUGGAGGUGACUGCCGCUCCGUCUGGCAGGUGGCUGGUUCAGCCAGGCAGCUUAGCGAGACCACACCGUCUUUAAGGGACUGGCUGUGGCCUGGAGUUCUGCAGCUCCCCAAAUGGCUGUCCUGGAGAGGGCCCAACACAUCUCCAGGAACAAGGCUAGUCCUCGUUAGUGCAGGGUCUUUGUGAACCUCUGUCUCAGAGCUUUUCUCCCUGGCAUGAUUUAAAAACACAGACACGUGUGUCAUUUUAUAGGGAUUUGUUUUCCCACCGGUGUCCACGGUAAUCACCUUAAAAAGUGAUAAUCCACUACUGAUUUCUGAGACCCUAUGGGCUUCCUCCACUCUCCCUCAGCCAGCAAAAGCAAGCUUAAAAAAAAAAAUCCAACGUUAAUGGAUAUCACCAAGUUCAAUUUCACAGGGCAGAUCAAUUGCUGUGUCAAAAUAAUCCCUUAGCUUUCGUAAUGAUAGGCUUCUGCCGGAUCUUUAAUCCCGUGUGUAAGGGUGAUAGGACUUUGAAAACCACUGACCUGUCCAAAGGGCGAGGACAGGAGGUGGUAACCUCAGGUGGGCCUUUGGCUUCUGGCGAACUAAUGCCUCUUUUAGAUAGCAGGGCACUACUGCCCCUCGAGAGUUACCUGCUGCCCCUCGAGAGUCACCUGCUGCCCCACGCUGUCUCCCCCUCCCCAAGAGUCCCUGCCUUGAUAGAUUCCCUUCCGACCUGGAGGGUCGGAUCUGCCUGUUAACACCAUGGAUUGGUAUUGCAUUUAAAGGGCUCUGAGAAAUCAGCCUGCCAAGCCAGGCUCCCCUCACCUCAGCAGGAAAAACUGCAUCGUCUUAUGAAAAGUUUGCUUCAGGCGGGCGUGGUGACAUGCACCUUUAAUCCCAGCAGAAGUGGCUGGUCACUGAGUCCAGGGCUGCAUAGACCCUGACCCCCCCCCAAAAAAAAAAAUGUUUGCUUUGUGAGCUAGCUGCUCCAUUCUUGCCUGGCUGAUGCUUUGUGUGUGAUCUUAGCAAAUUAGGUCCACACAGAAGAGGCCCAAGGGGCAAACGCGGGGACUUGCGUGGCGUAAGCCACCGAUUUUGAUGACUGCCAUUUUCACCGAACGUCUUGGCUGAAUGAAGAACGUUCUCCUCAACUUGAUGCCCUCCCUGGUUCCCAGCUGCCCCCCUUGUUCCCACUCGCCGGCACUUAACAGCCUCGCAGAAGCCUGAAUCUUCUGGUAACCUCACCUUACCUCCACAUGGAAGGCUUGCUGAACUGCCAGGAAGACGGAUAGUAGAUAGAAGAGGGGGGGAAGUCGGGAUCCCCCAUCGCGUGAGCGAAGAGCAGGGUGCCCCCUGCGUCCCUGGGACCCUUGUUCUCAGUGUGGAGACACUUCCUGUCACACACACUGUGGCUCAGCCUGCAGGUGGCUCACAAGUGCCCAGAUCGCUACGCCACUCCAGCCCGCCAUACUCUUGGUCCGCAGCUUGCCCUAGCAGCGGAUCCAGCCCUGCUAAUCUAAAGCCAUUCCCUCUGCUCCAGAGGAGCCUGGAGGAUGCUGCAGGAUGGAGCCAAGUCUGCAAAGAAUAGAUAGACCUUGAUGCCACCCUGUGCUUCUGUGCACCAGUCUCGGGGCCCAUCCUGGAAGGCUUAGGGGUCUCCUGCUCCUCAGGAACCCUUUCUCGGCAAGAACACAUUGAGAGACAUCACCCAUGACUCCCCAAGGGAAGGGAGUUACUUCCGAGUGGCUGGCAGGUGUUGGUGCCAUGGGUUGACCGGUCACUUAGCAGGGCUCUCCGGAAGCACAUACAUGACCUGUGGCAAGAGAGAGCCGGGUGGGUAGACACUUGGUAUCAUCUGACCAGCAUGGCACAAGAUCACCUGACUUGAUCCCCAUCCCAAGCUCCUGCUGGCGGUAAAGACCAGAUGAAGGUCAUUGAUGUCCCCUACCCAAAGCCCCUUGUUUUGUCACUGUUGAGGUGUGAGAGUCCACGCUGUAUGCAUACAUGUACAUCUGUGUGCACAUACCUUGUGUAUGCGUUGUGUGUGUGGUGUGUGUGCCUACCCGCUGAAACCUGGGGUCUGCCAUUUCUCUCCUCACACACAGUGUCCUUUAGCUAUGCAGUAAGUCACCCUAGACUCAUCUUCAGUGAUGCCACCUGGAGAACAGUGACCACCUCAUCUUUCCCUUUCGCGGUAGAUGCCACGCCCCCCCCUUCAGUCCCUGUCUGAGACAGGAGUCCUAACUGCGAGGGCCUCUGCUGCCCUGGCCAUCGGCCCUGCUGCAUGAGAAAGUAGCUGCUUCCUCCUCUACACUGUAAUUAUUGUUUUACAAUUGAGUGCCUUAAUGAUCGUUUACAAAUACUGUGUAUUUAUGCGCAAUCGCUCAGCUCUCAUCUUCUGUGGCUGGGUACUUGGUCUCGGCCUGGGGUUGAGAUCAGGACUUGGGUUUCUCCCCUCCCCCUCCACUUGUGUUUAUUCCGCUAUACAGUUGACUUAGUGGUUGGUGACGGCCUGCCAGAAGCCGCACCGUUGAGUUCCUGCAGGCCAGGCUGGCAUCAGCAAACACCACAGCCCAUGGUAGCCAGUGAAGGAUGUGAUUUGAUUUGCCAGGCGGCUGGGAAACGGUGCAGGUCCUGUACCUCACCAAACCCCUCACAGUUACCCUCGGGUUUGUAGAGGUUUGUUACCACCUAGACCCCACUCACACCCCCGUCCUCCUGCCCACUUUCUGAGCUCCUUGCAGCAAAUUGUGGGUACAGCUCACCCCCCCAGAGGAGCCACACCAGACCGUGUUCAAAGGCUGCUGCUGGUUCCCAUGCAUCACGUUACAACUUUGAUUCUUUUUAUCGUUGUUUUUUUAUAUUAUAUAUUUAAAAGGCAGUAUCUUUUGUACUGUGAAUUUUCAGUAGAAGCAUAGUGCACUUUUUUUUUUUUUUACUUCUGUUGGUGUGUACUGUAUAUAGUCUGCGUGCUUCUUGUGAUGAAUAAACAUUUCCUUUAUAAAUG